AUGAACCCUGAAAACUGGACUCAGGUGACCGGGUUUGUCCUUCUGGGUUUCCCCAGGAGCCAUAUCCUGCAUUUCCUACUGUUGGGGUUGAUGGUGACCUACAUUGUAACAGCCACGGGCAACUUGCUGAUCAUUGCGCUCAGCUGAUUUGACCGUUGCCUGCAAACGCAGAUGUACUUCAUCCUGCGGAACCUAUCCUUCCUGGAGCUGCUGCUCGUGUCUGUUGUGGGUCCCAAGAUGCUUGUCAUCAUCCUCACUGGGGACCACACCAUAUCAUUUGCCAGCUGCCUCAUCCAGUCCUACCUGUACUUCCUCCUGGGCACCACUGACUUCUUCCUCUUAGCUGUCAUGGCCCUCGAUUGUUACCUGGCGAUCUGCCGACCACUCCACUAUGAGACCCUGAUGAGUGGUCACGUCUGCUCCCAGCUGGUGCUGGCCUCCUGGCUCUCUGGAUUCCUCUGGAUCCUUUGCCCCACCAUCCUCAUGGCCAGCCUGCCUUUCUGUGGCCCCAAUGGCAUUGACCACUUCUUUUGUGACAGUUGGCCCUUGCUGAGGCUCUCCUGUGGGGACACCCACCUGCUGGAGCUGGUGGCUUUUGUGCUCUCCACGUCGGUGUUGCUGGGCUCUCUGGCGGUGACCUCGGUUUCCUACUCCUGCAUUCUUGCUGCUGUCCUCAGGGCCCCCACAGCGGCUGAGCGGAGGAAAGCCUUCUCCAUGUGUGUCUCCCACCUUACCGUGGUGGUCAUCGUCUAUAGCAGCUCCAUCUUCCUCUACAUCCGCCUGUCGGAGGCCCAGUCAAUGCUGCUCAGCAAAGGUGUGUCUGUCCUGGGCUGUAUUGUCACCCUCCUGAACCCGUUCAUCUUCAGUCUCCACAAUGAUAUGGUGAAGCAGACGCUGAAAGACGCCCUGAGGUGGGACAGGCCCCUGCAGCUAGGAGGCUAUGAGGGCCACAAGAAAAGAAAAAGUACCUAUUAG